AUGAAAGAUAAGAGCAAAGAAAUCACACGCCACCAAAAGAAGGCCCUUGUUGAGUCCCACGACGACCAUGCUCGCCCCAGUAGAGGCUUUCAGGUAGCCUCGCCUAGUAAAAUGGAUCUUCGAUUGGAAACCCGGUGUGAGGGAAUCGAAGACGAUAUACAAGUCAUUAUCCAAAACUAUGCCCCUAUCAACAGCAAUAUUCCAGCGGAGUCUAAUUCGCAUCACAACCAGAUCUGCGGAGCAUGGGUCGAAGUACUUCCACUGCUUUCCGUAGGCAUAAGAAACAGGCAAUUCCUCUUCUCUGCAAUCAAGACUUUGGCUACUGCCCUACGGCAUCACAAACUCGGAAAUAAGUUAUCUCAGCCCCAGAUAUUUGAGAUGUAUUCAGACUCCCUUAGGCUCAUGGGUAAAGCCCUCGAGGAAGCUCGGGGUGCCUUUCUCAUCGAGCACAGUGCCGCGAUCCUGUGCCUGGCAGUGACCGAUCGGCGGAAGACGUUUCUUGCGCGAGAGGAAUGGACUACUACCCCAUUUCGCGGACAGCCCAGCUCUAUGAUCCAGCUGCUUUUCAACAAAGCCAGCAAGCUUCCGGCCUUACUAGAAAGAUACUAUGACAUGGUAGACCUUGAAGAUAUAUCCAACAUUGCCGCGGUGGAGCGGCUCCGGAAAGACUUCCAAAAUAUUCUCAAGAGUUUUCGAGAGUGGGAAAUCACGUUACACUCUGAAGCAACGUCUCCUCGAUUUUGGUCAAAGCCCAAUCCCGGGCACUCGCCUUCUUUGAAUGUGGAUGUUCUCUGGUUCCCAAACAUCAUGACUGCAAAUAGCCUGACCCAUUGCUGGGCCUUCGAGAUUAUCGCAAGACGACAUCGCAGCAUGCUAGGCGGAGCAAUUUCUACUGCAAAGGGGUAA